AUGACGAGAUUGAAGCUGGGAGGAGAGAAGAAGAUAUCUCUGGAAGAAUACGUUGAUUUCUUCGUCUCUGACAAGUCCAUCGACUUCACCAUCUCCUACCUCAAUCAGAGAAUUGUAGGCGAAGCUGUGUACGCACUUGAUCUACUAGAUCUCUCUCGCUCGACUCUGAAACAAAUCGCAGUCUCGCCAUCGGCUUCCCCAACUCUCGACGAAGUGAUAACCGACAUCGAAACUCUCAAAUGGCAGGAAUGCUGUCUCACCUCCCUCGAGAUCAUCAAUUCCGGCGAACUUGCUCCAGCAGUGGCGAAACCGAAACGGAAAUCGAGCAAGAGGAAGAAGACGACUAAGAAGAAAUCGCAGAAAUUGGGUGACGCCAAUUGCGUCGGCGAUGAGAACGAGACCUUAAUGUUGAUGGCCCUAAAGAGGAAGAAGAAGAAGAGCAUCCGAUCUGUGAAUGAAGCAGCAGCGGCAGCGAAAUCCACCUGCAUCGUCACCACUCCUUGA